AUGAACAGAGAAGGGGAACCGCCUUAUUCUGCUGCUACCGCUGGUGGCGGUGGUGGAAUUAAGCCAUGGGUUUUAAUGCUGUUGUUCUCCGUUCUUAUUCUACUCUUCUUUCCUCCCUGGCUCUCUUCCUCUUCACGUAUCUCCCGUCCCAUUGUGACGAGGAAGGGAUGGGAUGCCCUCAUCUUCCUUCUCGUGCUCUUCUUCGUUCUCUGUGGCGUCCUCGGCCGCCGCUCUGGCGGCGACGGUCCCGAGAGGUCCCCUCGGCAGGCCCUCGACGACUGGCUCAGGUUCACCAGUCCCACCGCCCAGGUUAGGUACUCCCGCCCCCUGCAGACCAGUCCAACGGCGGGCUUUAAUCGGAUGCGGAGCAGCAGCUACUACCCGGAUCUGAGGCCGGAUGUGAUGUCAUUGGGCAGCGGUGCCGCUGCAGCAGCCGACGCCGACGGGUGGCGUUGCUACGAUGAUAUACAGCAUUAUCGCCGGGGACCGGAAUCCAGGGGUUGGCAGCGGCAGAAUUUUGGGGAUAUUAAGUCGAAGACGAUUCCGGUGGACACCUUAGUUCUGCGGCGGAGCCCUUCUCCGAUAUCUAGAUCUUCGCCGAGCCCACCGUCGCCACCGCCGCAGCGGCAGCAGAGGAGAUCGGUAUACAAGCUCCCCGGGAGAGAGGUGGACGAAGAUGGCAUUUUUGGAUUGCAGAUGCCCCAUCCACCGUCGCCACCACCGCAGCGCCAGUCAAGGAGGAGGAGCGUCGAGGGGUUUCCAGAAGGGAGAGAGGUGGACAAAGAUGAGAUUUUUGGAUCGGAGAAGCCCCAGUUGCCGUCGCCACCGAGGAAGCGCCAGUCCAGGAGGAGGAGGUGCGUGGAGAAGUUCCCGGAAGAGAGGAAGGUGGACAAAGAUGAGAUAUUUGGAUCGGAGAAGCCCCAUCCACCGCCGCCUUGCAGACAGCGACAGCCGAGGAGGAGGAACUUAGAGAAGCUUCCUGAGAGGGAAGCGGAACAAAGCAUAAACCUUGAGAUCGAGAGGCACCCGCUGUCGCCCCAAGCGCCGGCGAGAUCACGGCGUCGGAGGAGGAGAAGCGUCGGGAAUACUCUAAAAUGGGAGGUGAAGCAAGAUCAUAACUUUUUGGGACUCGAAAAGCCUCAUAAGUCGCCGCCGGCGUCGCCACCGCCUCAUCUUCUGCCGCCACCGCCGCCGCUGCCACAGGAGGAGGAGAAGAGGAGGCAUGAAAAACGGAGCGGCGGUGGGGCGAAGGACUCCGCUGCCGCAGCUAUCACUUUGUUUGAUCAGCAGAAGAAAGGAAGCAAGGCGAUGAGAUCUCCCGAUGAUGUAUCGGUUCACUACGAGGUCUCCGCUUCUUCCCAUUCUCCACCGCCACCACCUCCCCCGCUCUUCCACCAUGUAUUGUCUCACAAGAAAGGGGAAAGUAAGAAGUGCCAGAUCAACUCGUUCUCAGCAGCUCCUCCACCACCUCCGAUGCUAAUCCGUCAGUCCAGGGAGCAAGUCUUACACCCACCGCCCUCUGCUCCAUCACAGAGCGAGGGGAAAGAAAAGACCGACCAUAACAAGGUGCCCUUCCUGCGUUUGUCCUCCCUGCCACCACGGCCACAAAAGUCCCAGCUUUCUAAGCACCCUCUCCCGCCCUUAUCCCCCAAGAAACCGCCGCCUCCGUCGGAUGAGAUGGUGAGGAGGCACAGCAGCAAGGACCAUGAGGGAGAGACGAAGGCAAGAGAAACAGAGGUGGGGGUGGGGGUGGGGGUGGCAGUUUUCUGCCCGAGCCCCGACGUCAACAACAAGGCGGACCUCUUCAUCGCCCGAUGCCAUGCAAAUUGGAAGCUCGAGAAGCAGAACUCCAGACGAGACAAGGAGCGGCGUAAACUACAAGGAGGCGAAUCGAGUGUGACCAGCAGGCAGUCCAACGAAGACCGGGUUCAGGCGAUUCCGCCGUCGCCUGCGGGGAGCGUAAAAGCUUCUCCCUGA